AUGGAGACGCACGUUUCGUGCCUCUUCCCGGAAAUUUUGGCCAUGAUUUUCAGUUAUCUGGACGUGAGGGACAAAGGCAGGGUGGCCCAAGUGUGUCUGGCUUGGAGGGACGCGUCCUACCACAAGUCGGUGUGGAGGGGGGUGGAGGCCAAGCUGCACCUCCGGCGGGCCAACCCCUCGCUCUUCCCCAGCCUCCAGGCCAGGGGCAUCCGGAGGGUCCAGAUCCUGUCCCUGCGCCGCAGCCUGAGCUACGUGAUCCAGGGGAUGCCCAACAUCGAGUCCCUCAACCUGUCGGGCUGCUACAACUUGACCGACAACGGGCUGGGCCACGCGUUCGUGCAGGACAUCCCGUCGCUGCGGGUGCUGAACCUGAGCCUGUGCAAGCAGAUCACCGACUCCAGCCUGAGCCGCAUCGCCCAGCACCUGAAGAACUUGGAGGUGCUGGAACUGGGCGGCUGCAGCAACAUCACCAACACGGGCCUGCUGCUCAUCGCCUGGGGCCUGCACCGCCUCAAGAGCCUCAACCUGAGGUCCUGCCGCCACGUCUCUGACGUGGGCAUCGGGCACCUGGCCGGCAUGACCCGCAACGCCGCCCAGGGCUGCCUGAGCCUGGAGUACCUGACCCUGCAGGACUGCCAGAAACUCACCGACCUGUCCCUCAAGCACAUCUCCAAGGGGCUCUUCAAGCUGCGAGUGCUCAACCUCAGCUUCUGUGGCGGCAUCUCCGACGCCGGUAUGAUCCACCUCUCGCACAUGACCUCCCUGUGGAGCCUCAACCUGCGUUCCUGCGACAACAUCAGCGACACGGGCGCCAUGCACCUGGCCAUGGGCACUCUGCGCCUGUCGGGCCUGGACGUGUCCUUCUGCGACAAGAUCGGCGACCAGACGCUGGCGUACAUCGCGCAGGGGCUCUACCAGCUCAAGUCGCUCUCGCUCUGCUCCUGUCACAUCUCCGACGACGGCAUCAACCGCAUGGUGCGGCAGAUGCACGAGCUGCGGACGCUCAACAUCGGCCAGUGCGUGCGCAUCACCGACAAGGGCCUGGAGCUCAUCGCCGAUCACCUGACCCAGCUGGCCGGCAUCGACCUGUACGGAUGUACCAAGAUCACCAAGAGGGGGCUGGAGCGGAUCACACAGCUGCCCUGCCUUAAAGUUCUCAACUUGGGACUCUGGCAGAUGACCGAGAGCGAGAAAGUCAGGUGA